AUGCCGCUUCGCUGCCCAGCUGGCGCGUUGCCGGAGGCGUAUCGCCUCAUCUGUCUUCGUUCACUUCGUUGUUUUGCGCGCGGCCUUUUCCGCGUCGACUACAGUUUCGGCUCCGAGGGGUCCAAGAAGUGCAACUAUUGCACUCAGCAGAAAGAGAAGUGCUCUCCUGUUCCGGAGUACGUCAAGGAGGAGUUCGCGGCCUUUGUUGCUGCCAUGGAUCUUUUGGCUGCCGCCGACGCCAGCGACGAGCCGGAGGAGCACCGGCCUCUCGCCCGGAGGAUGGUGGAGGACGCUGCUCUGGUGUUGGUUCGCCGGGUCCAAGUGACUCGGAGCCAAGAGAAGGAGUUGUCGGUGGUGGGUCUCUUGGCCGCCAGCCACCAAGUCUUGGUGGAGAUUCGGGAUGGGUUGCGUCGUUUGGAGGGCCGGGUGGCGGCUAUGGAGUCGGUUGUGUUGGCGUCCGGGAAGGGUCCGGUGCCGCGUCCUGGUGGGGCGGCGGAGGAAGAGGAGGAGGAGGAGAGUAUGGUGUCCUGGUCGGAGUCGGAUCGCCGUAGCCUUGGCCCUGGCUCGGCUGAGGGCUCUGAGUCUGAGGUGUGA